AAAAAGCAAACUGGAUUAAAAGGUCCCUUUUACUUUAUAAAUACGUACCCUUCUCUUAUUCCAUCUUUGCUUCAAUUUUCUGCAUUUCUUCCUGUCCAGAUUUGUGGCAAUAGAAGAGAGAAUAACAAAGGCAGAAACCUAGCUGCUUCCUCACCAGUGAACAACCAUGGCAUUCCCUGAUCAAUCGAUGUCAGUGUCUCCCCAGAGAAAAAUGGGCAGAGGAAAGAUAGAAAUCAAGCGGAUCGAAAACACUACUAAUCGUCAAGUCACCUUCUGUAAGAGGCGCAACGGCUUGCUCAAAAAAGCCUAUGAAUUGUCUGUUCUCUGUGAUGCCGAGGUUGCCCUCAUCGUCUUCUCUAGCCGUGGUCGCCUUUACGAGUAUGCUAACAACAGUGUCAAAUCAACAAUUGACAGGUACAAGAAAGCAUGCGCAGAUUCCUCCCAUACUGGGUCUGUUUCUGAAGCUAAUACUCAGUUCUACCAGCGAGAGGCUGCUACUCUACGACAACAGAUAAAUAGUGUGCAAGAAUCAAACAGGAAAAUGUUGGGCGAGUCUUUGAGCAAUAUGGCUUUCAAAGAUCUCAAGAGCUUGGAGAGCAAAUUAGAGAGUGGAAUUAGAAGAAUCAGAUCCAAAAAGAAUGAGCUCUUGUUUGCAGAAAUUGAGUAUAUGCAAAAAAGGGAAGUUGACUUGCAUAACAACAACCAGCUUCUUCGUGCAAAGAUAGCGGAGAAUGAGAGGAACCAGCAAAACCUGAACGUGAUGCCAGGAGGGGGAAACUUUGAGCUCAUGCACUCUCAACCAUUUGAUUCUCGAAAUUAUUUCCAAGUUGAUGCGUUGCAACCCAAUCAUGAUCAGUACCCGCGCCAAGAUCAGAUGGCCCUUCAAUUAGUUUAAGUGUACGUAUCAAAUGAAAGCUACGUACGUACGGGUAUGUUGUCAGGCACUAAACUAAGGUUAUUGCCCUGUUAUGGCGCGGUGAUGGCCGGAUUUGUAAGACAGAUUUAUAUAUAAGACUCCUUUUAAGUGUGUUAUUAGAGAUUGAUUUCUUUUGUGUGUGUGUCUAUGCUUGCAGUAAGAACUCUGUAACAAUUGACUAACAUAUAUCCCAUCAUAAUUAGACUGGUUUGGUCUUAAAA